AUGGCAGAAGGUGAACAAUCAUUGUCGUUGGCGGAGGAUGAGGCGCUGCUCAAGAGCGAAGGCCCGAACAACCUAAGCAACAAUUCCUCCUCUGAAGGACAACAGAUUGAAACCAAAUCAAGAUUAACAAAAAAUGAAGAUGUGGAGAUGUUGAAGGAAAAAUUUGCAAAGCUGUUGCUUGGGGAAGAUAUGUCAGGGAGAGGCACUGGAGUCCCCUCAGCUUUGGCUCUCUCAAAUGCCAUCACCAAUCUUGCAGCUUCUGUUUGGGGAGAGCAAUAUCGGUUAGAACCCAUGUCGGCGGAAAGGAAGGCGAGGUGGAGAAAAGAAAUCGAUUGGCUCUUAUCGGUCACUGAUUACAUUGUUGAAUUUGUGGCCUCCCAACAAACAUUGGAGGAUGGAAGAAGCAUGGAGAUAAUGAUAACUCAGCAAAGGAAAGAUCUUCGCAUGAACAUUCCGGCUCUACGAAAGCUCGACGCAAUGCUCAUCGGGUACCUUGACAACUUCAAGGACAAAAAGGAGUUCUCGUAUCUGUCAAGGGAUGCUACCGAGAGGGGGAAGAGGGCCGACGAUAAGUGGUGGCUCCCGACCGUAAAAGUCCCAGAAAAUGGUUUGUCCGAGGAAUCCAGGAAAUGGAUGCAACAUCAGAAAGAGCUUGUUAACCAAGUACUCAAAGCUGCUAUGGCUAUAAAUGCUAAUGUUAUAAUGGAAAUGGACAUUCCAGAAGACUACAUCGAAAAUCUUCCUAAGAAUGGAAGGUCAAGCCUGGGAGAUUCACUCUACAAAUUUAUCACAGAUGAAGGAUUUGAUGCAGAUGCAUUUCUUGAAACACUAGACUUGUCGACUGAGCACAAAAUAUUAGACCUCAAAAACCGUAUCGAAGCAUCGGUGACCAUUUGGAAGAGGAAGAUGAACAACAAGGAUGUCAAAUCAUCAUGGGUUACAGUUGCAGGGGUUUCAGGUGUUAGUCAGGGUAAGCGGGAACAAUUCGAAGAUCGAGCAGAGACUAUCUUGCUCAUUCUUAAGCACAGGUUCCCUGGUAUCCCUCAAUCGGCACUUGACAUAAGCAAAAUUGAAUUCAAUAAGGUAUAUGACGAUAACAAAAUGAUCUAA